AUGCAACUCACCAAGACCCUCAUUGCCUCCGUCCUCGCCGCCUCGACGGCCGUCGCCGCCCCGGCCCCGAACGGAGUGUCCAUGAUGGCCGCCGCGCCCGAGUGGACCAUCCAGAACAUGAAGCGCGUCUGCGACAAGGACGACAAGCUCUGCACCUGGACCUUUGGCAUCAACAGCGGUCAUGGCGCCGCCACCGCCUGCAAGCUCGCCGUCAAGGCCACCAAGGACGUCCGGGCCUCGCGCGCCAACGGCGGGCCCUCCAACUGCGGCGACUACACCGUCACGUCGGGCUGGAGCGGCCAGUUUGGCCCAGGCAAUGGCUUCACCACGCUUUCCGUCGUUGAAAACAAGAAGCGGCAGAUCGUGUGGCCCGCCUACACUGACAACCAGGUCAAGGAGGGCAAGGUCGUCCAGCCCGACCAGAGCUACGCUCCUCAGAACCUGCCCAAGGCUUAA